UCGAAUACUUCAGCUCCGUCGCCAGUCGGUGGCGUCUCUCCAAACGGCCUUUGCGGAGCGAGCAACAAUGGCUGGACUUGUCAAGGCUCGGGUUUUGGCGACUGCUGUUCUCGAUGGGGCUUCUGCGGUACCGGAGAUGAUUUCUGUGGGAACACUACGUCUAUGCAGACUGGAGCUGGACAAUCACUCUCAAACCUAGUUCCAUCGACAGUUGUUCAGUCUACCGGGGCUACUCUCAGUGCUCAAUCUGGAUCACCUUCGAAUACUUCUGCUCCGUCACCGAUUGGUGGCGUCUCUCCAAAUGGUCUUUGCGGAGCAAGCAACAAUGGCUGGAUCUGUCAAGGCUCAGGCUUCGGCGAUUGCUGCUCUCGUUGGGGCUUCUGUGGCACUGGAAAUGACUUCUGUGGG